GACCGCUCGGUGAAAAAAAAAAGGUAGCCGCUGCCGGUUGCGUGCUGCUCCAGACGCACGGGCUGCUGCAUCGCUAACGAUCGCUGCGUCAUCGCUGCGGUCGUUCACUCCAAUUGUUUAGCUGUGUGGCAAGCUGUGUGAGAGCGCUCUCUGUGUGUUACACGCCAGCACCGCGAUGCUGCGCAUCGUCCGACGCCUGGCCGGUCAUAGCAAGUGGGCCAAUAUCCGCCACAAGAAAGGAGGCAAGGACGCGGCGAAAGCCGACCAGUUCCAGAAACUCGCAAAGGUCAUCGAAACGUCCUCAAAACUCGCGGGCGGCGACCGGUCGCACCCCGCUCUGGCCUCGGCGCUCUCGCGCGCCAAGGACGCGCGAAUGCCCAAGAAGACGGUCGACGCCGCCGUGACGCGCGGCGGCGCGGACAAGAGUGCGGGCGCGGGCCUGGAAGAACUCUACUACGAAGGCACGCUUCCGGGCGGCGUAGGUGUUAUUGUUGAUGCCCUCUCGGACAACAAGAACCGCACCGCUGGCGAAGUGCGCGCGACGUUCAAAAAGCACGGCGGCGCGCUGGGCGCGCCCGGCAGCGUCGCGUGGAAUUGGCGGCGCGUCGCCGAAAUUCGGCCGGCUGUGCCCGUCGACGAGGAAAAACUCUUCGAGGUCGCUGUGGAGGCAGGCGCGGACGACGUCGUCGACGACGCCGUAUUCGCCGACCCCGCAUUGUCGGCGUCCAUCCGCGACGCGCUGGACGCCGCGGGGUUCGUGGUCGAAGCGUCUGACCGGAUAUGGAUCCCCGAGGACCGCGUCGACGCGCCCGCGCCGCAUGCAGCCCUCGACGCGCUCGACGCGCUCGACGACGUUUCCGCCGUGUGGCACAACGCCCAAUAAAAUGUAUGUG